GGCUCCGCUCGGGCGCACCAUGAGCGGCCCCGACGGGGAGGUGGAGAGCGGGACCCCCCCGAAGGGGAGAGGGGACCCUCCGGCGGGGAGCGGGAUACCCCCGGUGCUGCCCCGGGACUACGAGCUGUCCGGCAAGGUGAUGUUACUCGGAGACUCGGGCGUGGGGAAAACCUGCUUCCUGCUCCAGUUCAAAGAUGGGGCCUUUCUCUCCGGGAUGUUCAUAGCCACCGUGGGCAUAGAUUUCCGGAACAAAGUGGUGGCCGUGGAUGGUGUGAAGGUGAAGCUGCAGCAGAUCUGGGACACAGCAGGACAGGAGCGCUUCCGCAGCGUCACCCAUGCCUACUACAGGGAUGCCCAAGCCCUGCUCCUGCUCUAUGAUAUCACCAGCAAGAUGUCCUUUGACAACAUCCGCGCCUGGCUGACGGAGAUCCAUGAGUACGCCCAGAAGGACGUGGUCAUCAUGCUGCUGGGCAAUAAGGCCGAUGUGAGCAGCGAGAGGGCUGUGAGGACAGAGGAUGGAGCAUCACUGGCCAGGGAGUAUGGGGUGCCUUUCAUGGAGACAAGUGCCAAGACGGGCAUGAACGUGGAGCUGGCAUUCCUGGCCAUUGCCAAGGAGCUGAAGCAGCGCGCGGUGCAGCCGCAGGACGAGCCCCGAUUCCAGAUCCAUGACUACAUCGAGUCACAGAAGAAGAAAUCCAGCUGCUGUGCCUUCGCCUGAGAGCAGCCAGGGGGAGCUGGGGGUGCAGGCAGGCAGGGGGCACAGCGGGGGCCCGAUCCUGCCCUCGAGCUCCUGCGGGAACCAGCCUCUGACAAGCCAAGUGUGGACGGGACAAUACAGCGGAGAGAGGAGAAACAUCAUCCCAGUGUCAGGAUCCCGGGGCCGGAUCCUGCUGCCCCGUGGGACAAUGCUUGGGAAUAACCAUGGCAUGAUGACUGCCAGCCUGGCAGGGAGCCAUAGUGAUGCCUCCAUCACCCAAGCAGGAUGCGGGACGUGGCUCCACACCUCGCUAAGAGCCCCCUGGAGUGGCUGGAGGGGUGAUAUGUGUGCCACGGACAAGCCCUCAUGCAGCCUGUGGCCCUGUCCUCUGCAGCCAUCCCAGCUCAUGGCACUGCUCUCAUCCGGCUGGAAGGGCCUGAUCCAGCCCAUGCAUUCCCAGCGCUGCCAGUGACCAGGCUCAGCCGGGGCUCCUCACUGCUGUGGUUGCUGCUUUAUCCUCCUGCCACCAUGAGGGAAGAGGUAUCCCUGUUGUGUCCUGGUCUUGCCGGAGGGAAGGGCUGGGAUGGGGAAGCGUCCAGCCAAGCCUGUUCCCCGCCCAUGCAGCUGACAUGAGAAAUGAGACUCCCUUGAGAGCACCCAAAUACACUUGGAGCAUUUCUAGUACACGCAGCAAUUUGGAAAAACCUUUAUUUCCCCUCUCGUGCAGUCACAGGAAUUAAGAGACUUCAUUUUAGUAUUUUUUAACAAGAAAAACCUUUUUCUUUCCAAUCCCUCCAGACAAAACCAUCUCCGGCCUCACGCUGGAGCUGGUGGGGUGGAGGUGCCGGUGCUGCUGUGCCUGCUGGCUCCCAUCCCUGCACAUGGAAUACAACCGUUUUCCUCCUGCCCCUGGCAAAUAACAGCUGAAACCCACUCUCUGGAGAGCAGAUGCCUGAGAUGCUUCAGCCAGCAAACACUGCUACGCUGGGCACCGGGGUGCAAGGCUCUGUCCCUGCAUCACUGCACAUCCCCAGUGCCAAUCCAACCCCUCCAGCGCGCUGCUGGUCCCCCCAGCACUACCCAGGGCGGUGGGUAUUUGGUUAUUUAGCUGAAGAGCUGAUGCAAAGGGCAGCUGCAGAGGGCAUGGCACUGCCGCACGUAGGAGUCGGGCACUGCCCAGCACAUCCGUCCCCGCCAGCGUUUCCCCUGGCUCUGCGCCCCAGCUGCCCAUCUCUUUACUUGCUCUGGUGCCUCCUUUGCUUCUCCUCCGCUCCCGGGUUUCUCUUUGCAAGUUUACACAUUAAAGCUGAGUAUUUUCGAGA